UUUUAGAUGGUUUUCCUUGGCUCACAGAGGAAGUAGAAUCUUCCAAGCAACUCUAAACUAUUUCUCUCUCUACUCCUAAUCUAAUAAAUACUGAUAUAAUAAAUAUACAAGAAUCUUGGGCUAGCAGUAGAUUCUCCUGCUUCUUCUUUCAUUAAAUUAAAGAACACUGUUUCUAGGGUAUGGAAACUCUUUCAUAUGGUUCUGCACCAUGCUAUCAAGUUGUGAACACAAAAACUAAAUCAAUUAAAAAUAGCUUGAAUUCAACUCAAUCAAGGGUUUCCUAUAUUAGAAAACAUGGAGUUUAUCAUACAAAUAAUCUUUUCUCAUUUGGGUCACUGAGAUUUUAUGAUGAUAAGGUUCAACAAUUAGGUUUUAGGUCAAAAGUUGUUUUUGAAGGCUCGAAAAGAUUCCAAUUCCAGGUUUAUAGUGGAAGUUAUGGUGGUGAUUAUGUGAUUAGUGAAGAUGAGUCAAGGGAUAUUUCAGUGGUAGGUGAACCUGCUUCCAAGGUUUUGAUUCCUGGUUUGCCUGAUGAAUCGAACGGUGACUCGGGUGCGAUAAUCAGUAGUUGCUUUAAGGGAUGGAAACCUAAAUUGAAUGUGCACUAUGAGAAAGCUGGAUUCGAAAAUGUGGAUUCGCCGAAUGUUCUCUUUUUGCCGGGGUUUGGUGUUGGUUCUUUCCAUUAUGAGAAGCAAUUGAAGGAUUUGGGCCGUGAUUUUAGAGUGUGGGCACUGGAUUUUCUAGGUCAAGGAAUGUCUUUGCCUUUUGAAGAUCCUGCUCCUUUGUUUAAGGAAAAAGGGGUUGCAUCGAGUGGAAAUGUUUCUUCUUGGGGUUUUGGAGAUGAAACCGAACCGUGGGCGACUGAGCUGGUGUAUUCUGUUGAUUUAUGGCAAGAUCAAGUUCGGUAUUUCAUAGAAGAGGUCAUUGGCGAACCAGUCUAUCUUGUAGGCAACUCACUAGGAGGAUAUGUUGCAUUAUAUUUUGCCGCAUGUUAUCCGCAUCUAGUAAAAGGCGUAACAUUGCUUAAUGCAACACCUUUUUGGGGGUUUCUUCCAAAUCCAGUAAAAUAUCCAGGACUCGCCAAAAUAUUUCCAUGGGCUGGAACAUUCCCUCUACCUUCAAGUAUAAAGAAACUUACAGAGUUGUUGUGGGAGAAAAUCAGUGAUCCAAAAAGUAUUGCCGAUGUACUUAAUCAGGUUUAUGCAGAUCAUUCAAUAAAUGUAGAUGAUGUUUUUUCACGCAUAAUCGAAACUGCAAGGCAUCCGGCUGCUGCUGCAUCAUUUGCUUCAAUUAUGUUUGCUCCUCAAGGAGAAUUAUCCUUCGGUGAAACAUUAUCCAGAUGUCGAGCAAACAAGGUGCCGAUUUGCCUCAUGUAUGGAAAAGAAGAUCCGUGGGUGACGCCGCCAUGGGGACUUCGGGUUAAAAAUAAGGUGCCCGAAGCUCCUUAUUAUCAAAUCAGCCCUGCUGGUCACUGCCCUCAUGAUGAAGUUCCUGAGGUCAUAAAUUUCUUACUUCGCGGAUGGAUCAAAAACCUAGAAUCUGAGGGCUCUGUCUCAUUGCCUCUGCUUGAAGACAUAGACACAAUGAAUCACACUAUUGAAAGGGAGUUAGAAUUUCCCAGAAAAGGUUCAAAAAAAUCAGUGAUGGUCAAAUAUUUUGUUUCUACUAUCUCAUUUUGGGACAGGAUAAGAUCCUUCAAAUCCUACUCCAAGUUCAGGAAAUUGGCAGCCAAAUCUCAAUGAUAUGGUGAAUUAUGCGACUCAUUAUAUUGUCUAUUUGUCUUCACUUCCUCGAAGUUUGUAUCAAAGAAUCCAAACACAAUUGUUUUAGAAUAGAAGUCAAUGUUGUAUGUAUAUUAUAAAUGAAUAAUAUUACUUGCCAUCUUAUUCAAAUAUGACCCAAAUUCUUUUAUCUUUGUAA